AUGAGCGAUAGCAAAGACAACGUUUCGCUUUUCGACCACACUUCUGGUGCAUCCGGCGCCCCUGCUGCUGCAGCUGAGCUGAGCGUCCGUUCCCAGUGGCAGACUCGUGACGCUGCUGCCCGCCUAGCCAUUCGCAACCACCUACCGCUAAUCGAACUCAAGCAUUUUGGCGAGCACAAAACCGCUAAGGCCCUGUACGACGCUGUAGUUGCUCGAUACUCCUCCCCUGCCACUGCUGAGCUUAGCCGCCUCAUGCUGCCAUACCUGUUUCCUGAGCUGUCCACAUUUCCCACCGUUGCCGAUCUUAUCACCCACCUUCGCACUAGUGACACUCGCCUUCGCGCCGCCCUCCCCAAAGAGUUCUGUGCUAAGAACCCGCCUCCGAUGUACUGGACACUCCACUUUAUAGUCACCCGUCUCCCUGACUUGCUUAGCUCGGUCAGGGACCACUUUCUCGCUCGCUGUCCCACCGAGCUCACUGUUGACCUCCUCGAGGAGCAACUCCUUGCAGCAGAGAAGAGUAUAGUCGCUGUAGCUGCUGCUCGUGGCGCUCCUCGCUCUCCCAUCUUUGAGGGGUGCUCUCCCUCUCCCCUCGCCCCCUCCUUCGCUACUGCUGCUGCUGUUGACUUCCUUGGUGCUGAGUCUGCAGGUGCUACUUCUCCUCCUGGUGGGAGGCGCCGCAACGGCAAGGGCAAGGGAGCCAAGGGUAGUGGAGGUGGCACCGGGGGGGGGGGGGGGGUGGUGGAGGAGGUGGAGGAGGAGGAGGUGGCGGAGGGGCUGGUGGUGGGAGUGUUGGCAGGAGUGGCAGUGGCAGUGGAGGCAGUGGAGGCGGAGGGGGUGGCAGCGGCGGUGGCGACAGCGGUGGUGGCCGGGGCGGUGGUAGCGGCAGCGCAGGCGGUCGGGGUGGAGGCACUGGCGCUGGCCAGAGCCAGCAGCAGCAGCAGCGUCCCCAGACAUCCCAGCAGCUUCACGUGCAACAAAUUCCACGCCCAGUACCACUGCUUCUCCCGCCUUGACGACGCCUGGCGUGAGGAGAUGGGCGAGGAGGUAGACCGCCCUCGCUGGCAUGAGCUGUAUCGGGCUGGUGUAGACAUUUUUGCUCUUGACUUUGAUGCUAUUAUCUUUCCUAUGUAUGCAUUGGAAGUUAGUGCUGAUGGUGACUGUUAUCUGUGUAUGCCGCCUGACCCAGGUAUAGAAGGUGUUGCCUUAGGAGCACGCGAGUCUGCUCUCUCUGGUAUUGCGCCUGCUGAGGCCUUGCACACCUUCACACUUGACUCAGGUGCUUCCCGCUGUUUCUUCCGUGACAGUACUGCCCUCACGCCACUCCCAGCACCUGUUCCAGUCCGCUUGGCUGACCCCUCAGGGGGCCCAGUUCUUGCACGGUCCACCACUGUGCUUCCGUGCCCGGCGGUCCCGUCUGGCUCACUAUCAGGUCUCCACCUCCCCUCGUUCUCGACGAACUUGGUGAGCAACGCUGCCCUUCAAGAUGCGGGGGUUAAUACCUUCACCCCUGCAUGGCAGCGUGUGGCGAUCUGCACGUGUGCACAGACUGGCCGUCACCUGGCCACGUUCACUCGUCGGCCAGGGUCGAGUCUUUACACACUGACCACUGCGUCUCCUCAGGUCGCUGCUGUUGGUCAGGUGUCUGCGUCAGGUCUGGUAGCCUCCCCCUGUGAGUGUCGCUCCCUGUCGCACCAGACUCUUCUCUGGCACCACCGUCUGGGUCACCCCUCCUUGCCUCGUCUACGAGGCAUGCACCGUCGCCUUCUUGUCUCUGGUCUUCCCAGGUCUCUGCCUCCCCUCCCUCCCUCGCCUGCGCCACCCUGCCUUCCUUGCGUCGAGGGGCGGCAGCGCGCCGCUCCUCAUUCCUCCUCGUUUCCCCCGACAGAGGCUCCCCUGCAGACCCUCCACAUGGACGUGUGGGGCCCAGCCCGCAUCACUGGACAGGGCGGCGAGCGGUACUUUCUGCUGGUUGUCGACGACUACUCGCGUUACACCACGGUCUUCCCCUUGCGCACCAAGGGUGAAGUCCCUGCUGUCCUGAUCCCUUGGAUCCGAGCAGUUCGUCUCCAGCUCCGCCGCCGGUUCCGGUCCUACCUUCUUGUCCUGCGUCUGCACUCUGACAGAGGUGGUGAGUUCUCCUCCGACCUCUUGCGGGCCUUCUGUCAGAGGGAGGGCAUCGAGCAGUCGUUCACGCUUCCGGGCUCACCGCAGCAAAAUGGGGUUGCUGAGCGCCGCAUUGGUUUGGUCAUGGAGAUCGCUCGUACCUCCUUGAUCCAUGCGGCUGCUCCCCAUUUUCUAUGGCCGUUUGCGGUCCGGUACGCCGCGCAGCAGCUCAACCUCUGGCCCCGUGUGUCCUUGCCGGACACCUCGCCCACUCUACAUUGGACGGGGGAGGUUGGUGAUGCGUCGCGCUUCCGGGUCUGGGGUGCUCGUGCCCUUGUCCGCGAUACGUCCGCGGACAAGCUCUCCUCCCGCACCAUUCCCUGUGUCUUCCUUGGCUUUGUCCCUGACGCGCCUGGCUGGCAGUUUUACCACCCCACCUCGCGCCGGGUCUUCGCCUCUCAGGACGUCACCUUUGACGAGUCGGUUCCUUUCUACCGUCUCUUCCCCUACCGCACUGCCCCUCUCCCUCCCCCGCCGCUUUUCCUCGCUCCAGGUCCCCCUCCGGUAGACCCCCUCCCCCCUCAAGGUCCUGCUCCCUCAGGCGUGUCUCUGGUAGACCCACUCCCUUUGGUUGUGCCUUUGGAGGUCACUUCUGACACCUCUGGCCCAGCUGAGGGGGGUGACGUUGCUGCUGACGCCCCGGCGGCGUGCCGCCGCACACCACGCUUGGAGACCCCUCCGGCUUAG